AUGAAGUCAAUCAUCUUUGGUUCGACGCUGCUCGCGCUGAGCGACAUUGCGGCAGCCCAUAUCGCUGCUCGAAGCAAUGUCACGACUACCCGCAACACCACCUACGACUACAUUGUCGCUGGAGCUGGAACCGCAGGUAUUGUAGCAGCUGAGCGCCUCGCCAACUCUGGUCGCAGUGUGCUUCUGAUUGAGCGUGGCGGUACGUCCUUUUACAUGACGGGCAACCGCAAGACCAUGCCAUGGAAUGACACCGUCACUAUGUACGACGUUCCUGGAAUGUCUGACUAUACUGGCGCAUCUCCUGAUCUGCAGUACUGCAAAGACCUUGCUAUCGCGGCUGGAUGUCUUCUUGGUGGCUCUACCAUGCUCAACGCGCUCAUGUUCGUCAAGCCUCGCAAGGCGGACUUUGCCACUUGGCCUAAGGAGUGGCACUGGGAGAACGGAGUUGGAGCAGCUGCGGAGGAGUUCUACAAGCGUCUGCCGGGCACCAUUUUGGCAUCUGAAGAUGGCAAGCGCUACGACGAUGGUGCUUUCGACAUCAUGUCUCGCUUCCUGGAGGCCAACGGCUGGAGCGAAAAGGAUGCGUUGAAUGACGUUGAAUCGAAGGAGAUGAUGUACUCGCACCCCCCUUGGUCGAUUGCCCAAGGUCUGCGCGACAGCCCUGUCAGGGCUAUUCUUCCUGAUGCCGAGGAUCUCCCCAACUUCACCCUUCAACUACACGCAAAGGUUCUUCGUGCCGUUCGCGACGGAAGUCUUGUUACGGGUAUCGAGCUGGAACAUGACGACGGGUCUCGAGAGAUUGUCAACCUGACCAAGGGUGGAUCUCUUGUUCUUGCUGCAGGCUCGCACUCCACCCCUCGUGUCUUGUUCAACUCCGCCAUUGGCCCUUCCAAGCAAAUUGAAAUUGUAGCCUCCGGAAAGACGAACAUUAAGCUUCCGCCCAAGGACCAGUGGAUUGAGCUUCCCGUUGGAGAGAACCUCAAAGACCAUGCCAUCGUGUCCUUAACUCUGCAGAGCAAAGAAAACCUUACCGUUCUACCUUCUACGGCAUGGACUGCCCCUGACAAAACAUCUAUUGAUCUCUUCGCCCACGGUAGUGGUCUGUUGGCUCAAUCAGGUCAGCGUUUGAACUUCUGGACUAGCGUCAACACCACUGAUGGAGCUACUCGUGCCGUCCAGGGCACAGUCCGUGCUGGCACUGAUGAUAACACCAUUGGUGUCAAGGUCUACCUCACCCAUGGUACUACGUCUGUCGGCACUGUCGAAAUUACCCCCGAAGGUUCUACCAAUAUGACACAGAAACCCCUUCUGCACACCGAGGGAGACCGCGAGGCUUUGACUACUAUCCUUGACACGCUUCUCAAGUACGCGCGACAGCCCGAUAGUAUCUUGACUGUUGCCGAGAACGUGACUGCCGAAAGCAUCGUUGCUACGGCUGGUAGUGGUAGCCAUUAUCUGGGUACCACUCAGAUGGGCAGCGAAAACGACGGGAAGAGUGUCGUUGACCCUGAUACUAAGGUCUGGGGUACCAAGAACCUGUUCGUUGUGGAUGGAAGUAUGCACCCCGAAGUCCCUACGGGUAACACUCAGGCACCUAUUAUGGUGGCUGCUGCCUACGCUGCUGAGAGAAUCCUGGCCCUGGGUUCUGGUGUUGGCUGUUCCAAGUAA